AUGAAGUUGUGUGAACUUAGUCCAAUAGCAGAUUUCAUAGGUUCAGAGGUUACCGUUGAAGAUGCAAUUCUUUCUUCUGCCACUUUUCACAUGUGGGAACGAUUGUAUGGCGUAACUUCAGCGUCUCCGACACCAGAUAAAAUGAGACUUUAUAUUUUACAGAGGAAGGAGUGUAACGGCCAGCACGAGGAAACUUCAAUGUCGCCACACAAAAGUGGUGGUGUUUCUACUUUACUCCGGCCGUCGUCCCCUCCCGGUGACGCAUCUUCUUUGGGAGGCCAGCUAUCGGCAGCUAAGCAGCGUGUUGAGGGGCCAAAUGUUUUGAAACACGGAGCAAUCUUCGCAACAUGCGGAAUACUACCACCGUCACACAAGCGAACUAGCGAGAGUGGCAGUGCGUCGGUUGAGUGGCAGGAAUGCAACAUGGAAUCAGUAAAUCGCCUUGUGGAUGUGGAUGUCUCUUCUUCAACCGGCACUCAGCAGAAGAAACGAGGCCGCUCCACACAAGUGUUCCGCGAUAAUCGAACAGCAGUUCCCGAGGCGUCUCCUUCGUCUUCUUGUGCAACAGCAACAGUCCAGGCACCUCUACAUUUAACUUCGUUGUAUUCUCCGAAAGUGAGCCCAGAGGGCGAUGCGGAAUGCGUUUUGUUGGCACCAGAUCCGCUUUACAGACCCGAAGUUGAAGAUGUGUUUGUGCAGUCUUGCGGAGGGGAUACCGAGUUAGAAAAGCCGAGAAAGUGCGUUCCGCCUUCAAAUAUAUUCGAGUCACUUGGUGAUUUGCGUGGGAGUCAACGGAGUAAGGUCCUAAGUUUAAGUGAAGACGAGGCUGAUGAGUGCAACGAUAACAUUGCCAGAUGUUCUGUGACAAGCUCUCUUGCUGGGGGUGAUUGCCCUCCUCAACCUCAAGUUUCCGAUUUUGUUGCGUUGUCGGACGUUUUACCGUCGAAUCAGACUCGGGAGGACGUUAUGUGCAAAGGAGCUUCUAACAGUGUUGAACAGGGGUAUGGAUACGAACCAGAAGAAGCGGCUCCAAGUGUGCGGGCCACUAAAGCCUACCGGGAUAGGGAGGACUUCUGCCCCAACGUGGAGACACUCCCCGUUCUUCCAAGUGACCACCUGGAGUGCUUCUUAGAUGAGAAAGGCCUCCGUUCUGGUGGCGGAGGGGACCUGGGCAACCCCUCUUCUUCGAGUUAUCUCCCGUACUUCACAGAGGCGGAAGAGGUACCAGCACAGAAACCGGAGCAGAAGAAGAUACGUCGCUAUCGAACACCAUGGUUUUGUGGAUCUCGUGCGGCGGCGAACGCGGCAGUAGAGGAAGUAGCCGCCGUCAAGGAAGCUGUGUGUGGUGGCGAUGCUUCAGUUUCUGUAGUUAUCGCAAAUAAUUCAUCUAGAAAAUCGCUAUCUUCCGCUUCUUCAGGUCAUUCCAUUCAUUCGAAGAUGGCGUUAAAAGAGAUGACACCGCAGUCACCGCCAACUACUGUGGUAUUCCCUCCACAGGAGGGUGAUGAACUUCAAUCAACCAUGGAAGAGGAGCAUCGCGUGCCCUCUUUGUCUCCGUCGCCGCUUCCAGAAAUACCUAGGUGUGGCCGCCAGCCCCUCCCGGUCGCACGAACCGCGGAAUCAGGUUCUGCUGGUCGUGGGAACAAUAAUUUUUUGCAGGAUGACAUCACCAACGUGCAACUGGCGGCCUCAACCUGCCAUGUGGAAAGGGAGGCCACAGGUUUCAGCCAUUCAUUGGAUGGAAGAGCCCUUCCUGUCAAACACGGAGACGACGAGGUGCAUUCUGCUCCCACAGCUCUGAACUAUACUGACGGCGAAUGGAUCACCGAGUCGUGCGAAACAUUGAAACGCCAGGGAAUGCAUCGCUCCGAUCGGGCGCUAUCUAGCAGCUGGUCUCCGCCCCCUACGCAGGCUGGAGAGUUUGGUCUCCCCAAACUCCCGAAAAGUCGGACUCCUGCACGGAAGUAUACAUAUCAAGAAGGUGACACUUCAGGUGUCUCAAUGACCAGUCGCUCAGCAGGGUUGGUGCGGAGGGCCCAAGGACGGCCGGAUGGUGGUCAGGUGAGUGCGGACGCCUUAACAGCCGGAGGAGUAAUCGGUACGCCAGCUUCUGGAAGCUUUUCUUCACUUCAAAAUAAAAAGGCAAAGCUGCAGGAAAGAGAAGCAAGGGCUGAUACAGCGGCAACUGCAAAGGGAACCAGAAAGUACGUCGCUGUGCGGACCACGUCCCCGCAGCAGUUCCCCCUACCACGAGAGGUUACGCCCACAGCGAAGCCAAAGGUGAAUCGUAAACGAGAUAGGGAGAAGAGCGAGUGA